UUUGUACGGGAUAUUUUUGCCCUCUGAAAGAUACAUUUUUAUUAUUAAAAUUUAUAUAGAUUUUUAUUAUCAGCAGUCGGUCUAAUUCUAGGUUACUUUUAAUUUUAAAUUCGUUGCGCGGAUCGUUUUGUUACUAUGGAAACGAUAACUCAGAAAUACGCUAACAAGAGAGGCAAGUGAGCCGCAUUUGGCAGCGGAAACAAACACUGAGAAGCGUGCCUGAAAUGGCUCUGUGCGAGCAGCGUGAAAUGUUUACUUUGAUAGCACAGAGUGACCGUGGGAGUCUGAGAAAGUGCAGGUUUCCAGAAACAGCUCCGAAGGGGAAAAAAAGCCCACUUUUUCACGAGGAGCGCUUUGCCUUUCUGACUGAGUGGUACGACCCCAGCGCUGCUCUCCUACGCCGCUACCAGCUCCUGUACUACCCUAAAGAUGGCUCUGUGGAGAUGUUUGAUGUGAAGAACCAGCGGACCUUUCUGAGAAGAACCAAAUAUGAUGACCUCCAUCCAGAGGAUCUGUUUGUGGGGAACCGUGUUAUUGUAUUUUCUCGGCAGCUCAACCUUGUUGACUAUGGAGAUCAAUACACAGCCAGCAAACUGGGCAGCAAGAAAGAGAGGACAUUGGCUAUGAUUAAGCCAGAUGCAGUGACCAAAGUGGGGAACAUUAUUCAGAUGAUUUAUGAUUCAGGCCUUAUUGUCACCAAGGCCAAAAUGACCAAGCUUUCUGGGAAGCAAGCAGCAGACUUUUACAUGGAACAUCAGUCAAAGUCUUUUUUCAAUAACCUUGUGCAGUUUGUGAGCUCUGGGCCUAUAAUUGUCAUGGAGCUGAUGGGAGACGAGGCCGUGUCUGUAUGGAGGAAAGUUCUGGGUCCUACUGACUGUGGAGUGGCACGCAAAGAUGCUCCAGCUAGCCUUCGUGCCCAGUUUGGAACAGAUGGCACCAAAAAUGCAGGACAUGGGUCAGACUCAUUGGCAUCUGCAGCACGGGAGUUGGAGUUUUUCUUUCCUUCAACUACUAGUCAUGGCCCUGCCAAUACAGCCAAAUACCAAGACUGUACCUGUUGCAUCAUUAAACCACAUGCUGUCUCGGAAGCUCUGACCGGAAAGAUCCUCAGUUCAAUCGCAGAAGCUGGAUUUGAGAUUUCUGCAUUACAAAUGUUCAACAUGGAUCGUGCAAAUACAGAGGAAUUUCUUGAAGUUUAUAAAGGCGUGGUCACGGAGUACACAAGUAUGGUGGCCGAGCUUUGUUCUGGACCCUGCAUGGUUCUUGAGAUUCAUAGCGCAGAUGCGCCCGGAAAGUUCAGAGAAUUCUGCGGUCCGGCCGAUCCGGAAAUUGCACGCCAUUUGCGGCCCGCAACUUUACGAGCUCUUUACGGCAAGAACAAAGUGCAGAACGCGGUCCACUGUACCGACCUUCCUGAAGACGGGUUACUAGAGGUCCAAUAUUUUUUCAAGAUCCUAGAUGGCUGAUUUGUAGAUGACAUAAUUGCACAUGAAUGAUUGUAUGGUUGUUUAAAUUAAAAACAAAAAAGCAACA